UCUUGAUUUAUAGUGUUAAUUUAUAUUUAAGUUGUAUGCAGUAUAUAUCUGAAAAAUUAUGAAUUCGACGUUAGGAAAUUUGACGAAUUCUUACAAUACGUUUGGUAGAUAUCAAUUUCUUAACGAGACACCAGGAGUUGCAAUACCUAUUUUGAUAACACUGAUUUUAGCCGCUUUGUUUGGAACAUUUGGAAAUGUUCUUAUUCUAAUUACUAUUUUCACAACAGAAAAGUUGCACAAAUUGGAAUGUAUUUUCAUGGCAAACCUUGCCAUAUCCGAUAUGUAUGUCACCACACUAGCAGAUCCCCUUAGUAUUGUUGCAAAACUUGAGGGAGAAGAAUUCUUUGAUAAACUACCAGGAUUUUGUCAGAUAAUAGCUUUUGGAUGUACGAUAGCAUGCAUUAAUUCAUUAGGAAGCAUCGCCCUCCUUAGUUUCAAUAGGUAUAUAUAUAUCUGUCAAAAUAAAUUCUACUUUAAAAUCUUCAAAAAGAAGACAUGCAUAAUAAUGUGCUGCUGUCUUUAUUCGGUUGGUCUGUUGCUCGUUCUAUUGAACUUUGCCGGAAUUGGAGAUCAUUCAUUCGAUAGAAAAAGCCUUGAAUGCAUUUGGGAUCGAAUGGAAACAUAUCCAUACACAGUUGUAUUUUCUGUAACUUUAGUUUGGAUUCCACUUAUUGUUGUGGGAUUUUCAUAUCUUAGUAUAUUUUUGAAAGUUCACAGAUCCCGAAAGAAAACAAAAACUGCAAGUUCAAGGCGUACGUCGUCAUACUCGAUUGGACUUGCUAAAACAUUAUGCAUCAUAUAUGUAAUUUUUGCUGCAUGUUGGAUACCUUAUGCGCUACUCAUUGUACUAGACACAGAUGAUUCGUUUCCCCAUGAAGUACAUGUAUACAUAACAGUAUGGGCACACCUUCAUCCUUCCAUAAACUGGCUUGUUUAUUAUAUUACCAAUACGAAGUUCGAAGCCGCUUUUAAUAGAAUUGCUCAUCUUGAUAUUUGUUUUGGAAGAUGUAAAAAAUCAAGAAAGGAUGGAAAUGAAUCCUCAACAAGUGGUGGACUUUCCACAUCCGAGACAAAUACUACUUUCAAAAAAGCUCUGCCGUCUAUAGAACUAUCUGAUAACAAAAUGAACGAAUAUACAAUCUAGAUGCAAACUGUUUCAUUGAAACAUAAUUGCAGGCACUAAAAUGACAUUAAAUCACGUGUAUCAAUGUAGUUUUUAAUAUAAUUAUAUGUAUAUAGAUCCAGAUUUGUUUUUGUAUAUAAAAUCUAGAUUCCUUUUUGGAAAUAAAAUCCAGAUUGAUUUUUUA